UAGUGUGACUCAUCCAAGGACUGACUUUGUCAUGUUAAUUCGUGUUUCCAGUUUAUGGUUCAAUACAAUUUAAAGAUUUUGUAACGUGGCUUUCAUAACACUGCAUUUCCUUUCAGGUAUUUUAUUAUUAACUUAGAAAUACACUAGUGUCCAAAUUACCCUAUCGUUUAAUGUAGACCUGGUUAAGGAAAAGUCAUCAUAUAAAACUGAACAUUUGAGAAAGUUAAAUUUGACAUGAUUAGCCUUUUAAAAGUAGGAGUUAGAACCAAGCUGAACUCAUGACAGCCUGUAGCCUACUUCACCACCGCAUUGGGGGGCGCACCAGAGGCGGAACGUGACGCGCUACCACAGACUAUCAGACCAAAUGCGAGGACAACGAGACGGCUUCUUGAUACACUGUGUCCCUCACGGUAGCAUGGUCGAGAGUACUUAACUUGACCAAGUAUAACCAAAUCAGUGUCUUUGAUGUAUGCAGUGUUUACGUUUUUUGUGUAGUUUAACAUUUCAGAUGCGGCAAACAUAGCUAUGCAGGCUACGAGGCAGGCUAAACUGCCGGUCGCUAACAUCUUACACCGUUCUUCACUGCACGUUCUUGCAUAUGAUUUCACAGGUUCUUUUUUUAGGAGAUUCUGUAGUUUAUAUCGAACGCGAACACUGAUUUCAGUCAAAAUAGGCAAAAGCGACAAGUCUCCCGAGUUUUUGUCCACGACCUCGCACAGUAACUCAAUUAAAAGCAGUGCUGAUUCUCAUGCAUAUAUCGGAGCAUGGAAGCCUGCCUCCGAUGGAAAAAGCCCAACAGAUAAUGCAGAAACACAGCUGACUGACACCGAUCUAGAAAUCCACAAGCUACACAAGGAGGCGUGUGAGGCUCAGAAGAGACUGUACAUUGACCCAUCGACGGGAUACAAGGUGUUCACGGCUUUUGCUCAUCUCAAGAGAGGAAAGUGUUGCGGGACUGCCUGUAGACAUUGUCCAUAUGGCCACGUCAACGUAGAGGAUGCAGCAAAGAAGAAGCAUUUCAAUUCGUUAUUUUAUGUGUAAAGAUGUUCCAAGGUAACUGCCAAGUGUAGUUUGUGCUUUCUCGCCCUCAUUCUGGACUGUUUUUUGAAGGACUGGUCUCCUUAACCCCAUUUGUUUUAAAUGAUGAAAUACCAGGAAUCGCAUGUGCAACCUCCAGCCCUUGAACCAGCACGAAUCACAGUUAUCCAUUGUGAUUUAACUCUCAGAGCUGUUGGUCAGCUCCUCUCUUGAAUAGACGUGUGAACUCAAGCCUUUUGUUUUAAGCUUGAAUAUUUGAUCGUGGCUGGUGAUUUGUUCUUUUGAUGUCCCUCGACCCCAGCCCAAUAUUGCCUUGAUAUUUUAAACAUGUUGAGUGAAAACAUCCAGCUGGUCUCAGUGCAUUGCUGUGUGUUGAUCAAAUUUGUCGUUGAUGAAAAAAGAUCAUGCAUUUGAAGUGAUUACAUAAACCUAAUCAAACAGGCGAUACUCACCUUGCAUUUAAUAGGAAUGUGUUUACAUUUCUGUUGAUGCAAAAGAAGGCAAGACACAAAAGAGCAGGGUAUCGACCUAUAUUAACCUAUGCUGUUAUUACAUUUAAAAAGACCAAAAGCCAUGCAUGUACCAUAUGACCACUGGCCCCUAGAGGAUAGAGAAGACAUGCCCUAACCUGACCUUUGUUACUGUGUCUUCACCGAGAAUGCCCUAUCUGCGGCACUCCUGGCUAGGAUGGUGCAUAUGCCUGCAGGCAUGUUUACACCUGAAGCACACAUACUGUGCAUAUCAAAGUAUUUUGCCACUUCUGACUUCCUACCUCCUUUGGACACAAUUCAUUUUAUAUUCAAAUUACAAGUAUAUGUGGUAUGUUUGAGUUGAUACUGGAAGCUGGGGGUGAUAAACCUUUUGAAAGAGAA